GUUCAGACUGUACGGUUGCGAAAGUUUAAAAAUUGCAAAGCAAUGGCUUCAAAGCUAGCUGCCCCAACGGAAUCGGAUUUCGAAAACAAAGAUGAACUCCGUUACCUUCAACUGAUUUGUGAGAUUCUCGCCAAAGGAAGUAAACGAGCCGAUCGCACCGGCGUGGGAACGGUUGCCCUGUUUGGUUCGCAGCUGCGAUAUAGCCUUAGGGACGGUGCUUUUCCUCUGCUGACUACGAAAAAAGUGUUCUUCAGAGGAAUCGCGGAAGAACUUCUGUGGUUCAUCAAAGGGUCAACGAACGCGAAGGAACUGCAGGCCAAAGGGGUGCGGAUUUGGGACGGUAACAGCACCAGGCAGUUCCUCGAUUCGUGUGGCUUCGCCGAUCGAGAGGAAGGUGAUUUGGGGCCAGUCUAUGGAUUUCAGUGGCGUCACUUCGGUGCAAAGUAUGGAACAUGCCACGACGACUAUCGGGGUAAAGGUAAAGAUCAGCUGGUGGAGGUCAUUGACAAGAUCAAAAACAAUCCAACCGAUCGACGCAUCAUUAUGAGCGCCUGGAAUCCGGUGGACAUUCCAAACAUGGCCUUACCACCCUGUCACUGUUUGGCGCAAUUUUUCGUGGCAAACGGAGAGCUUUCGUGCCAAAUGUACCAACGUUCGGCCGACGUAGGGUUGGGUGUUCCGUUCAAUAUUGCUAGCUAUUCUCUACUAACGCAUAUGAUCGCGCACGUAACAGGGUUAAAGGCUGGCGAAUUCAUACACACGACGGGUGACACUCAUAUCUACUUGAAUCACAUCGACGCACUAAAAGAGCAGGUCCAACGCACGCCGAGAAAGUUUCCAACACUUACCUUUAAGCGUGAAAUAACAUCGAUCGACGACUUUCAGUUAGAUGAUUUCACCAUCAACGAUUACAAUCCGUAUCCGGUCAUCCGCAUGGAAAUGGCUGUUUGAGCAGUAAGUAACAAAUGAAUUAUUUCAGUGUUGUCCAAGUAACACCGGUGAAUCUGCCAGCUACCCCAAAACAACAGUAUUACCUUAACACACAAAAAUCUAUAUUCCGCAUUCUGCGAUACGCGAUGGAGUGUCGUGAAUUAUUUCCAGCUUUUAAAUCGCAUAAAACCACCCAACAGUUCUUUCAAAGUUAAGGCUGGCCAGACGGCAAUCGCAUCGCACAAACAAAUCGUAGCGUCUGGACCGGCCUUAACGUGUGUUCGACGAGAGACAAAACUUUUUUUCAUUUUUCAUCAUUAUUUCUGAUCAUUCCGUUUCAUUUAUUCAACAAAUUUCUGUGCACUUCCGAACAACAACUGUCGUAAACACAACUCAAGAAUUUUUCAAUAAAUCAACAUAAGUUACAUGGAACAACUAAA